GGUAGGUCAGCACAUCCGGUAAACAAGAAGACUUCCGUGGUGGGCAAGAUGGCGGACUAAAGAAGUUUACGAUCUAAUAGCUGUAUAUAUUCACAGCUAAUAUAGAGAAAAAUAGCUCAAAGAGUUGUAUUUUCUAAAGCCCAUUAAAUUGAAGUUGAGUUUGGAGAGAUGGAGUGUUAUCUGAAGUGAAGAUUGAAGACGUGAUAGAAGAUGGACGACUACUGCUAUGCUAAGAUGGCGACGUCCGCUAAAAGAGAACAUGAAAGAGAAUCAACUUCCAGCAAAGCACCAAUGAAGAAAAAUACGAAAACUGCAGAUAAAGACGUCCAGCAGCUGAUUGGUCAUCCAGGAGAACUUCCCUCUCAGCCGCUGAGGGACAGCUCCACUUUGAAGCAGGAGACUCCACAACCACCCUGCAUUAAAAAGGAAGAGGAGGAACUCUGCAUCACUCAGGAGGGAGAGUGUCUUCUAGGACCGCAGGAGGCUGAUCUCACCAAGUUGCCACUGACUGUUGUCUCUGUGAAGACUGAAGAUGAUGAAGAGAAACCACAAGUAGACAACCUAUUAACACCACUGUCAGAUAGUGAGGCUGAAGACGAAGUUGAAGAACAUUUGAGCAGCGAUGCAGACUGUGAAGGUGAUAUGAGGACUCACACUGACAACAAACACUCUGAAUGCUCUACAAAGAAGAGAGACGUCCAGCCGGAAGAACCUCCCCCUCAGCCACAGGGGGGGAGCUCCACUUUGAAGCAGGAGGCGCCACAGAUCCCCCAUAUUAAAAAGGAAGAGGAGGAACUCUGGAUCACUCAGGAGGGAGAGUCUCCUCUAGGCCUGACGGAUGAGGCUGAUUUCACCAAGUUGCCACUGACUGUUGUCUCUGUGAAGACUAAAGUUGAUGAAGAGAAACCCCAAAAAGGCAACCACUUAACUCCACUAUCAGAUAUUGAGGCUGAAGACGAGGUUGAAGUAACUUUGAGCAGUGAAACAGACUGUGAAGGUGAUAUGAGGACUCACACUGACAACAAACACUCCGAUUGCUCUAAAGAGAAGACUGAUAAAGAAUGUUUAAGCUGCUCAGUUUGUGCUAAAAACUUUACCCAGAAGAGCAAUUUGACUCAACACAUGAGAACACACACAGGAGAAAAACCAUAUACGUGCUCAGUUUGUGGUAAAAGCUUUUCUCAUAAAAGGUAUAUACCUGAACACAUGAGAACACACACAGGAGAAAAAACAUUUAAUUGUUCAGUUUGUGCUAAAAGUUUUACUCAAAAGUGCAAUUUGUAUCAACAUAUGAGGACACACACUAGAGAAAAAACAUUUACUUGCCCAGUUUGUGGGAAAAGCUUUUCUCAAAAAAGAUACAUUCCUGAACACAUGAGAACGCACACAGGAGAAAAACCAUUUAGUUGUUCAGUUUGCGAUAAAAGAUUUUCUAAAAAGAGCCAUUUGACUGAACACAUGAUAACACACACAGCAGAACAAAAAUUGUGUUGCUCAAUUUGUGGGAAAAUAUUUUUUACCAGAAGAGGUUGGACUCGACACAUGCUGAAUCACACGAGAGAAAAACCUUUUAUUUGUUCAGUUUGUGGUAAACGAUACGUUACAAAUUCAAAUAUGGUAAGACACAUGAGAACACAUACAGACUAAAAAUAUUUAGUUGUUCAGUUGUGGUAAAAUAUUUACUCAGAGGUCUAUAAUAGUAGCUUUACUCAUAAAUCCACUAUCAAAUAUUGAAACACUCAAGGUAAAAGAUUUCCACCCUAACAAAGUGUGACUCAACACAUGAAACACACAGGAAAAGGUCCCUUCAGUGAUUUACGUUGUGGUAAAGUAUUUUCUAACAAGGGAGCAAUGUUUGCACACACAAGGUCACACAGCAGAGAACAACAUUUGAAAUGCUCAAUUAUUUGUGUAAAAAACAACUGCUAGCACACAUGCAGACAAUAAAGUGAAUUAAAAAUUCCUGUCCAGUUUGUGCUAAAAGGUUGUUGAAUCCCAAAAUGUGAGAAGUCACCUACUAAAAGUGAGGCUCUGUAUGAUACCAGAUUCCCUCAUUAGCCUAAAUGUCGCUGUCAAAAAUGAGA